AUGGGUAGGUUAUUUCUCAUCAACUUGGAGGGUAGGAUCUAUACCUGCAAAUUCUGUCAUACUCAUCUUGCUUCAUACGAAGACAUCCUUUCUAAGACUUUUCACUGCAGACACGGGAAAGCUUAUCUCUUCAAUAAGGUUGUGAAUGUUUCUCCUGGAGAAACGGAGGAGAGGCAUAUGAUGACUGGGUUACAUACUGUGGCUGACAUUUUCUGUGUCGGUUGUGGAUCGAUUGUGGGUUGGAAAUAUGAAACUGCCCAUGAGAAAGAUCAGAAGUACAAGGAAGGAAAAGCUGUGCUUGAACGGUACAAGGUGUCGGGUCCUGAUGGUAGCAAUUAUCGAAUCAACAAUGGAGCACAUGUUGGCGGAAGCGAUGCAGAUGAUAUAUAG